AUGUUGGGGAAAGCGGAGUCGAGAGGAAGGGAGACGAAUAAUGGUGGGAACUCGCGGCACAAGGAGAAGGGGUUUAAGAUCAAGGGGAGGGCUCAGACUGAGGAGAAAGAAAAAGGGCAAGAUAAGAAGAGCACUAGCAAGAACAAGUCGGGGAAUAAGCCGAUAUACCACGACUACGACGAAGCCACCAAAGGAGUUCCACAGCCGGUCCGAGAACAGCGAAAGACCAAUGGAGCCUGUGUGCGAUGUGGCCGAAAGGGUCAUCUUUGGAAGUGGUGUCGUUCAGAUGCUAACAGCAGUGCAUCUAUCUCCUCUUUCUCCAGAAAGCGUACCCGCGAUGACGAUGGCGACCACGAUAUGGAACCACCGGAACCCCAACCUCAGAGAAAGCGAAUGAGGCACCGUGCUAGGAAACCGGCUGCGACGGCUGCUGCGGAGUACACCAGUGGGCAAGCGUUUGUGCGAGAACGCGGAUCGGAAUCUGAGAUGGAUUUCGACGAGGAUUUUUAA